AAUUGUGAUUAACUAACUAAAAGGGGGGGAGAGUUAACUUCUUUGUUGCCAUUAAAUUGUUGAUACACUUACAGUUUUAUAUUAGUUUGAUAUUAUUACCUCAACGUAAUCAUUGUAUUGAUUAAAUUGUUGAUUAAAUCAAUUGAUUGUCCAUCGUUUUAGAUUUCAACUAAUCAAAAUUACUAAAUAGUAAAUGGUGAUAUUAGUUAAACAAUUAAGUUUAUCGUAACUUAGUUGUUACACUUUAAUUGCUACAAGAAUAUAAGAAAUAAGAUUAUCGGUGAUUUGGAACCAUUUUUUUUUCGUUGUUGUUUCAAUUGUUAAAUUGUUGGUGUUAAUUGUUAAUUCUGAUGAUAUCCAGUUACUGUAAUGAUAAAGAUACUUCCAAUCAUUCAUCAUCAUCUUCCUCAUCAAAAUUAUAUUCAAGAUUAUCGGUUAUCCAACAGAGGAAAAGAUUAUUACUUGGAGAUGAUCAAAAGAAAUCAUCAACAAUUAAUGGAAACAAUUGGUUAUCACAAUUACAAAUUAAACAUCGAAGCCUUGCCAAUAAAUUGGAGAAUCAGAAAAGACAGUUAACAACAAUUCACAAUCAAUUGGUUUAUUUUGAUCUUUCCAAUUCUAAUUGGAUUGAACAAAUACCCUCAUUAAAGGAAACUGCUUUUAAUCAAUGGGAGGAAUUACUAACUUUACGCCGAGAAUGUGAUGAAUUGAAAAUCCGUUAUUCUAAUUUGGAUAAACAUCAUCAUGGUCCAAUGUCUUCAUCAUCUUCUUCUUCCUCGUCUUAUUCAAGUUCUCUAUCCUCAUCUUCAUCUUUCUCCUCAUCUUCCCCUAUCUCUUCUGGUGUCCAGCCACCUCCACCACCACCACCUCCACCGCCUCCUCCACCGUUACCACCGCCUCCACCAUCAGCAGCAACAACAACAACAACUACAACUUCAACUACAACGAUAGCAACAUCAUCAAACUCUCUCCGUACAAUUGGUGACAAUUUGACCAACAGUUCAUCAUUAAAUAUAACCAACAAUGGGUUAGGAGAUUUAUGGUCAACAACGGAAACAUUAUCAACCGUUAUCGAUAAAUGUUCAACGGAAAAUGUUGACCUUUGUGUCGAUGUUGAUGGUGGACAAUGUUUUCCAUCAACCGAAUCGAAGGUGAUUAAAAAGGAAACUCAUGAAAUUGAUUCACAUUCUCCAUCGUUACUCCUUCCCUUAGAUAAAUUGUCUUCAUCUUCUCAAGUAGUUACACCAUCACUAAUUACCACAAACAGUGGCUCCUUUACCUCCCUUGAUCCAGGUUACUCAACUCACCUCACUGAGCUGAACAGAUCAACUUCAAUUACCUCAUCAAGAUCUGGUUAUUACAGUAAUCAUGAUAAUCUCAAGUCAAUCAUGGAACCAGAUGAAAGUAUCAAAGAGACAACAACUCAUGGUAACAACUUGACCUUAUGGAAAUCUAAUGAAGGUAAUUCACUGAGCACAUCAUUUGGCUCAACAUCAACAGACAAUUAUGUUAAAUUAUCAACAGGAGAUCUUGAAUCAGCAAGAGAAAUGCCGGUCAAUUCCGGUAUUUUAGAGGUUCCACCGAAUCAUAAUAGUAACACUAAUUCAAUGGCUCAUGAGGCAAUUUCAACUGCCAAUGAAUUAGCUAAUUACCUACAAUCAUCGGUAAAACCUCAUGAACAACCUUUACACUAUUCUUAUCACCAGGAAGCUCAUCCUCCUCCUCCACCAUCAGCCCAUCUUCUCAAUCAACACCAAUAUCGUCGUCGUCAUCAUUGGUCACCAUCAUCAAUGGAUUCUACUUCGAUUGGAUCGUCAAUGUCCAUUUCACUUUUAUCAACAGUUCCAGGUUAUUAUCAUCAUUCGAAUGCGAGAACAUCUUCCUCUUCGUCAUCCUCUUCUUCAUCUUCGUACUUUGUUCCGGUCAAGGGAACAUCAUUUGGUAGAAAUGGUUACUCUCUAAAUGGUUGGGUAGGUUCAGAUUCAUCGGAAUCGCAAACUUCAAGUGAAAAUUGUUAUGAAAUUAUGAAUGAAGGUUUCGAUCAAUGUUCAGUUCCAACCUCAGCUUCACCAUCUUCAAUUGCUGGACAUUGUUCACUGACCAAUCAUCAUGGAUCAUCAGAGAUAGAGAUCAAUAGAGACAAUAUUGGAUCAACCGAAGGAGGUGAAAUUCUGGUUAACGGUACCAAUGGAACUGAAUCUUUUUGCGAAAAUUUCCCACCAUCAGCUACACCUUAUUCUUGUUCCUAUCUCUCACUAGCCCCUGGAUCAUCAAAUGUUAUCCCGAAAAGUUCAUCUUACCUGAACCAUACCAAUGGCCGAUCGUCUUCCUCUUCGUCAUCCUCAAUGUCCAAUUGUUCAGCUAAUUCUAGUCUUACUUUUCUUGGUCGUGAUUUCGUUUCAAACACAUCUCAUCAAGGAUCAAAUUAAUCCAAAUCAAAGUCCAACUAAUACAAUCAAAUUAGUUAACUAGUCUACGAAUUAAUCGCUAAUUUCUAAUCAUCUUAAUCUUGUUAAAUUUUUCUUAUUCUAAUUGUGUUAACUUUUCCGUUUCAAGGUUUGACUGUUGAUCAGUAAACCAAAUUAAUAUCUUUAAAAAAAACAUUAUUAAUCAACCUAAUCCACAACAAUCGAUUCACUUUUACAUUAUGUGAAGUGACCAAUUAAUUAAAUGUAAUAUCUUGUGAACAAUUAAGUUUCUAAUCAGCCCUUGUCAAACUGACGUCUUAAUUAAUCCUAUUGCCAAUGACCGCAUUGAAAAUUAUAUUAAAAAGUGCGCAACGUAAUCAUUAAUUGCUACUGGACAAUCAAUUGAUUAAGUUGGACAAUUGUUCCUAAUGAUCUGUGAUUAAGUACAAUCAAUAGUAAUUAAAAUUGGAGUAAAAAAUAAAUCGCUUUAAUAACAAGAAAUAAAUACAAAUGUUUACAAAAGCGAAAA